AUGAACAAGCGGGGUCUAUACGAAAAAUACAAAAAGUUAUACAAUUGCCUAAAUGGAGUGAAAACGGUUUCGAACUUUCAGGUCACCGGCACGCUGACUCCACUGGAGUUUGUGGAGGCGGGAGAUGAGUUGGUGCAGAAGAUGCCUGUGUGGGCAUGGGCCGAAGGAGAGGAAGGCAUUCAACCCUUCCUUCCACCCCGAAAAAAGUACUUAGUGUACCAUGGGGCUCCGUGCUAUCAGCGAGGUCCGGAUGCCGACUCGCUCGGAGAGAAUGAAAUGGAGGGUGAGGAUGGCUGGGUGACAACGCACGCUGAACGCCAGCCCAGCAAGAAUGUUGUCAUGGCUCCAGCGAAAACGAUCAACUGGGACGAGGAGGAUGACGAGGAUCAAGACCAUGCAGAGGACAUAGGGGAGCGAAAGUGUCGUUUGUACGAUGUGUACAUGGUGUAUGACCAAUAUUACCAAACCCCACGCAUCUUCCUUAUUGGCUACGCCGAAGAUCACACAACACUUCUCACCAAGGAUGAGAUGAUGCAGGAUGUAUACGCUUCAAACAGAGAAAAGACAGUUUCCAUUGAUCCUCACCCCUUUCUCAAGGCAGCAUGUAUCAGUAUUCAUCCUUGCCGUCAUGCGGAGACAAUGAAACGCUUGAUUCAGCACAUGAAAACUCGUUAUGAGGCGGAAGGGGCUAACGAGGCGGAAAAAGAUGCCUUUGUUUUCCCCACGCAUAUGGCAUUUUUUCUUUUUCUUAAAUUUAUUUCAUCCGUCGUGCCGACUAUCGAGUACGACCUCUCUACUAGCAUUGAUAUGUAG